CCACCCUUUCUCACGUAACUUCCUCUGCACACUCCACCUGCUACAUAUACACACACAUAUAUUAUAUAUAUACGUAUCUCCUUCAUCUUCGACCUCCAUAGCUCUGAUUUUCGAUUCCUUAUUCUUUCAGAUCUGCAGAUUUUCCCGGAAAUUACCAAGAAAAUGGCUCUCGAAGCUCUGAAUUCCCCGAGAUUAGCCUCUCCGGUUCUUUCUCUGUUCGACGAUUCCGCAAGCUUCAAUGGCGCCAAACGCAAACGCUCCAAACGCAACCGCUCCGAUAAUCGUCUCACCGAGGAAGAGUACCUCGCCUUCUGCCUCAUGCUCCUCGCCCGCGACGGCCAUCGCAAACGCCAAUCGCCACAACCUCCAGCGUCUGCGUUCCCGGCUCCGGAGAAGCUGGUCUACAAGUGCAGCGUCUGCGACAAGGCGUUCCCGUCUUACCAGGCCCUCGGCGGACACAAGGCCAGCCACCGGAAAACCGCGUCUCCGAUCGCCGGAGACGAACAGUCCACGUCAACAUCAACGUCAACGACCACAAACGCAAACGCGGGUGGAGGCAGAACGCACGUUUGCUCCGUUUGCAACAAGUCUUUCCCCACCGGUCAGGCACUCGGCGGCCACAAACGCUGCCACUACGAAGGCGGCAACAACGGCGGGUCCAGUGGCGGUGGUGACGUGUCGACGUCGGAGGGAGCGGGGUCCACCGGCCACGUCAGUAACCACCGUGGAUUCGACCUGAACAUACCGGCCAUACCGGAAUUCUCGCCGGAGGGUUUGGUCAACGGCGACGACGAAGCGGUGAGUCCGAUGCCGGCGACGGCGAAGAAGCGACGCCUGGUGUUCUCCAUCAAGGUUGAAAAUUGCUCCUUGGAAGAAAAAAAUUAGACGAAUUUAGAUUUUUUUUUUUUUUGCAUUGUGUAAUUCAACUUGGGUUUCUGGGAAUUUUUUUAGUGUAAAUAUAUACGAAUUGAAAUUCGUUAUAUCCA